CCUCCUCCUCCUCCUCCUCCUCCUCCUCCUCCGCCUCCUCCUCUUCCUCCUCUGUGGUUUCAUUCCGUGUCUCUCUCCAUCAGCAGCGGUCUGGAUGCUCGCAGGGACAGAAACAUGGCUGUGAAUCUCGCCAAGAACAGACUGGCCCUGCUGACCGCCUACCAGGACGUCAUUGACGAGACCUCGGACACCGACUGGGCCUUGUACACCUAUGAGGAUGAGAGUAAUGACCUGACACUGGCUGCAUCCGGAGGAGGAGGUCUGGCAGAGAUCACACUGACCUUCGACAACAGCAGUGUGAUGUACGGCUUCUGCAGCCUGAAGGAUCCCACUGCCGCUCUGCCACGAUACAUUCUCAUCAACUGGGUGGGAGAAGAUGUUCCAGAUGCCAGGAAGUGUGCUUGUGCCAGCCACGUUGCCACCAUUGCAGACUUCUUCCAGGGUGUGGAGGUUACCGUGAAUGCAAGCAGCCUGGAUGACAUAGAUCCGUCAGCCAUUGGUCAGCGGCUAACUAAUGGGACAGCAGUGGUGGCGAGCCCAGUUCUGAGCCGCCUGAAAACCCGAGAUGAAGAGCAUGGAGAUGUGGGCACAGUGUACCAGAAGACUAAUGCAGAGGUGGAGAUGAAGAAAAUCAAUAGAGAGGAGUUUUGGGAACAAGCCAAGCGUGAAGAGGAGAUGAGGAAGGAGGAGGAGCGAAAGAAGGCAGCGGAGGAGCGGCAGCGCUUCGAGGAGGAGCGGAUGGAGCUGGAGAGGAAGGAGCAGGAGAACAGAGAGAGGAGGUACCGCGAGAGAGAGAGGCAGAUCGAGGAGCACAGGAAGAAGAUACAGGAGGAAGAGGAGGCCAGAGAGAGGCUGCAGAACCAGACCACCAUAGCGUCUGAACCGAGCAUCGAGGACCUGAACCUGGACAAGAAGGAGUCUGAGGUAGAGGAGGCGAAGGCCAUCAUCGCCCAGCGAUCUGGGAACCCUAGAGAAUUUUUCAAGCAGAAGGAGAGAGCAAUGACCAUCAGUGUGGACACCUCACCCGUCUCCAUCCACAGGACCGGCCGCUUGGACAGCCCGUUCUUGAAGCAGCAGCACAGUCCCAGCAGUCCCAGUACAGCCACCCCACCCCGGGGCGUGUCGCCCCUCCGCACCCCGCCACAUGCACGGAAGCAGCCCUUCGCUGCAGCCGAUGAUGAUGACGAUGAUGAUGAAGUGAGCAUAGAGCGCAACAUGGCCGCCAUUUCGCCCAUUCCUAAAAUAGUCACUACGCCAAUCAAAGAGGACUUUAACAGGGAGGAGGAAGACCACAGAGAAGAUGAGUGGGAUUCGGUGCCAAAGGAGGAACAGAAACGGCCCAUCCAGGAGUCGACGUCCACCAAGCCUGUGCAGAGCGUCGCACCACAGGCCCGUGAACCCUCCGGUGUUUCUGCGUGGGACUCCGGGACAGACAACCUGGUGGACCUGUGGGACAGCAGCUCCACCCCCACUGUCAACCCCACCCCGUCCACCCAUUCAUCUAAUCUAGUUGACCUGAUGGGAGACGGCGACGUUCUCCAUGACGACGUCCCACCCAGCAUAGCCGCCGGUAGCGGCAGGCCUCAGCCCCUUCUCAGCUUUGACGAGAUGAUGGAUGGGAGUUUCUGCUCAGGCACCGGCGCCGAAGACGACCCCACCAGUCUGGUGGAUGUGACGGGGUCUGACCAGAUGACCGUCAGCUACCAGCAUGCUCUGCAGCACGCUUCUGGGGAGGGGCGGGAUUCGGAUGAUGGGCAGCUGCUGAUGACCAAUGGGGAGACGCUGCUGAAAGAAGGAACUCAGGCGAGUGAGGGUUAUUUCAGCCAAUCACAGGAGGAAGAAUUUGGCCAAUCAGAGGAGUCAUCAGCUAAGCCAGCACCUGUGUUUUAUAACAAGCCUCCAGAGAUUGACAUCACGUGCUGGGACACGGAUCCUGUGGUUGACGAGGACGACGACUAACCCGCUGCUCUGACAUCACCGUUGUACCCGGAGGAAGUAGGAACCGAGCUUCAUGAAGAAACAGAUUUCUUUCUUUUCUAAAAAAGAGCAAACAAACAAAAAAAGUAAUAACAAAAGGUCUUGCAUUAAAACUCUUUCAGUAUAAUCUUUUAGAGGAAGCAGUAGCCACCAUUUGAGUUGAAACGGCUCAGAUCUGAUCUGUUUUCUGUGUUUAUUUAUUUUGAUAUUUUUUUUUCGUUUCUAUGCAGAUGUUUUAGCCUGGAUUGAGGGGUUUUAUUUGUGUACAUGAUUAUUUCACGUAGCGCACUGCUGCAUUAGAGACAAUGAAGCUGAGUGUGCAGCCGGCGGCCCACACUCUUAGUUUGUAGUGCUUUAAUAACACCUAAAAAAAAAACAAAUCCAGCGGAUGAAAACAGCUGCCAUGUUUAUCUUCACUCUCUUCUUUUCUCCUUCCUUCAUACCUGAACAUAUUCACCUCUGCAGCUCAGUUAAUCAUGUAUUUAGACUUCACCUUCAUGGAGGAAAGUUAUUUAUUCGGGUGUAUCUGAACUGAAAAUCCUUUGAACAAGUCUGUGGCGCCGUUUAUUUCAUCUUUUUCACUCCUUUUGUAUGAUUUUAAAACUGAGUUCAACAUUAAAAGGCUUCUUUUCUGUCCCAGUGCAUUUUAUGCUUCUUCUGCCUCCAUGUGGUUGAACUGCAGCCUCACCAUCAGAGCCUGAGAUUCAUUCAAAUUUACCACUUAUAUAUUUACACAAACAAAACAGUUUAGAUAAAUAUACUGUACAUAUUUUUCAAUUUUUUUUAAAAGAGCAUAGAAAUGCAAUAAAUUUCUUCUGUUAAAGUGUCUCCAGUAGACAAAAAUCUAAGUUUCUGUACCAGGGCAGGUUGCCUUAUUCUUCUUAGUUUUUAAAUCUAGUUUUUAAUUUUAAUCUUAAAGUUCAGCUUAAUUUUAUCUCUUUUUUAAAUUGACUGUUUUUGCCUUUGUAUUAAUCUGCAGGAGACCAGAUGUCCUGGAUUUGUCUCCAAAUUGAAAGACGUUAGUUAAGCCUUUCCUUGUUUUGUUUUGCCAAUCAAAUUUCCUUCUGUUAGUUCUAUUAGGAAUAUAAAUCUAACAUAAUAAAUUAAUAUAAAGUCAGAGAGACUGAAAUUUGACACUUAGAAAAUCCUGUAUUAGUGGUUGCUAUGGUGAUUCCCUUUAUUCUGGGAGUAGCAGGUGGAGAAAAACAGAAACAGACACAAUUUUAGCAUCAAACAAAUGUUUUUUGCUUCAAUCCUAUGAGUUAUGAGUUUUGUCCCAAAAAAUUGGUGGACAAGCCUUCUAGCCGUUUCAAUUUUUAUGUGUCUGCAGUGUUUUAUGUUGGAGAUAUGACAGGUUUUUCAAGGAAGAUUCGGAGCUAGAACAUAGUGAGAGUUAUGAUGGAUCUAAUUUGAGAUUAGUAGAGAUUUGAUGGAAAGCUGUAACAGCUAUAACAAUGUGAAUAACAUCUGGUGAAAGUAGACAAAAUUGCUUAUAAUUUGGUGUAUAAAAUGUAGAUGCGGCAAUAAAAAUAAAAGCUUGAAACUAAUAUAAAGUAAAACAUUUUAAUAUUUCUCAGGGUCAGGGACUAGAAUGUGACAUCAUCACAGAGUAGAACAAUCAUGAAACACUAACUGCAAUUAAUGUGAAAAUAAAAGGUGUGAAAAUAUCAAUUCAGUUAGGUAAAAUCCAACUUUCUGUGAUCCAUUUAAACACUGAAGUGUGACUCUGCCAUAAAGUAUGCUCAGGCAUACUGAGCUAAACAGUAGUCCAGUAGUAGGCCUGAGUAAUAUGUCUGACAUUUAGGUCAGUCCUUAACCUACAUUUUAUUCUAUGUGUUUCUCUGCUAAUUUGAUUAUACUGUUUAUAAUCUAGACUUAUUUCCAAUCAAGCCGAACAUGUUAUGUGUAUUGGUUAUGAAUUUUAUCAACACUUUGGAAGAAGUAGUAAACUGAUGACAGAAACCAAAUGUAGUGAAAAGCUUAGUGUGUCGUUCAGUACUUAGCUUAAUAUAUUCUGUAAAUUUCUCCUAAAAAUUCUAUUCACAAAGCUAACCAAGAAAAUUGUUAUUCUAUUUUUUAAGAAAACCACUAGUUUUGAUGAACUGCCUUUUGCCUUCAGUUAGAAUAGCAAACAGCACAGCAGCAGCCUUGUAUUUGUUGUUUCUGGUGUAUCACAUGGAUUAGUCCUCAGUCUUUGGUUGAGUCCCACACUUAAUUUUUAAAAUUGUUUCCCGCAGGAGGAGAAAAUGUACAGAAACUAAAGAAAUUGAGUAAAUGAGCACCAUGUUUGUGUAAAAAUAAAUUCUGACACUUCCCUGACAUCUGGUACUCAAAGCAGCUUGAAGUAUAUAAAUAUAUAAAAGAAAAAAAUCAUUGUUGCCCCACACCUGCUAAUAUUGUUUUGUGCCAAGACAAAGGAACCACCUCAGUAUUUUGUUACGUUUGGUUGCUAAGAAAUGACUAGUUUGGUUGCUGUGGAAACUGGGUUUAAGGGGGCUUGCAGAAGCUGUAUGUUUUUAAUAACCUGUCAAUAUGUGUGAUAGAAUCGAUUUUCAGGUCCCCUAUUUUGGAUUUUGGCACAACAGUGUUGAUCUGUUUGCUGUACAUCCCUGUAGACAAUAAAAAAAAGCAAUAAGAGCA